AACCUUGAACAGUCGAGGUCAAUUUUGUCAAUGAACUUGACUCUUAUUUAUUUUUGUAAAUUGUGAUAAAUUAAAUUAACCUUAUAUUGAAUUUCUUCAUGGUAAAAAAUUACACAAAUUAAAGUUUAAUUUUUUUUUUUUUUUUUUUUUUAAAAAUAAUCCAACAUUUUUCUAACGAGAUGACGUUGAUAAUAAUCCCAGUAAUUUUACUGGUGAUUAAUCUCAGUAUUUCUGGAAUAAAAGCUGACACAAGAUUUUUCACAACAAAUAAUCAUCAAUAUGAAAAUAAUAUUAAUCAAAAAUCACGUGCAAUAUAUCGUCUUGAUAGUAAUAAUGAUGAUAAAAUAAUACGUGAUACAUUAAAAUCAAAUGCUGAUAAACGUAAUUCAUUUAUUGAAUCAUCAACAUAUGAUACAGAUGUAUUAAAUAAAUUUCUUGAUGAAUAUGCUAAUAAAAUAAAACCAACAACUGAUAAUAAUCGUGAUACAAUUAAAUCAUCAAUUGUAUCAUCAUUAGAAAUUAAAAAUAAAGAUGAAAAUAAUGAUAAAUCAAUGAAACCAACAACUGAAAGUAUAUUAUCUGAAAGUGGUAGUGUAAUAGAAGGACAACAGGAUUUAAAUGAUACAGCAAAGAGAAAUAAAUUUUACAAUGGACCAUCAGAUGAUAGAAAUGGCUGGGUCACAUUGGAAGCAGUACCUUGGUCUAAAAGUAAAAUAUCAAAGUGGCAAGCAAAUCCAAGUUCUCAUCGACCAUGGCCAGAAACAACAAAAUGGGAUAAACCAAAUGGUGCUAAACCUUGGCAGUCUGAUUAUCCACCGCGACCACAAUAUCAAAAUAACAAACCAUGGUAUGACAAACCAGCAAAACCUCAAUGGCAAGAUUACGAUCAAGAUAGACCAAAACCUCCAACUAGACCAUCAUCAUCAUAUUUUAAUGACAGAUAUGAUGUAAAUCCAAGUCAAGCACAAAAAUGGCCACCAGAAAGACCAAAUUCAGCAUGGGAAAAUUUUUCAGAAUCACACAGACCAACAAGUGACAUUAUAACUGACAAUAGACCAUCAAAUUUUCCAUCAAAUAGUAAUUGGAACCAAUAUGAUCAACCACCAAAACCAUCAUCAUUUCCAUCUUCAUCAUUCAACGACAGAUAUCAAGAUGAGACAACAAAUGAUUGGCCAAGCAAUAAUAACAAUAAUUAUCAUAAUAAUAGAUAUGAAAAUAUAAAAGAUAAACCAUCAUAUUCAAAACCACAUAAUCGUCCAUUUUAUUCAAAUUAUGAAUAUGAAAAUCAUCAUCCACCAUCACAUCCAUCAAGUGGUGAUGGUGAAUGGGUUCUAUUAUCAACAAAUCGUGGAUAUGCUAAAUCACGUCAAAGAUCAAUGAAUUUUGAUAAUGAUAAUGAUAAAUUUAAAACAAUGAAUACAUCAAGUAUUUUUAAACUUGGAAAAAAAAAUAAUGAUGAUGAUGGUGAUGCACCUGAUACAGCAAUACCUUCAAUGACAUCCAAACGACAGGUGAGGUUGACUGUUUUGCCGUCCAUUAAUGGAACCAACACAACAACAUCACAUGGUGGACUAUUGGAAGUUGAAGAGACAUUCAAGACUGUUGAUCAAAGCCAACGUGAAUUUGAAGAAGCACAAAAAUUAAUCAAGACACCAAUGAUUAUCAGGAAAAAACCAUUGAAAAAUUCAUUAGUUAUUAAUAAUAAUAAUAAACCAUCAAAUUCAGCUGUUCUUGCUGCUGUUGGUGCUGGUAUGUUGCCAGCAACAAUGGCCAUGGUUCUUCCAUUGAUGCUUGGACGAAAAAAACGUUCAAUUAAAAUUAAUUUAAACGAAAAUAAUUAUCAAAAUGUUAGAUACUAAAAAAAUGUCAUUUGUUAUGAUUUUAUAUUUUUUUGUUUU